AUGUGCAUCAGCGACCGGUACACCAUUAAAGACAGCAGGCUGUAUGUGUGUGACCUGCUGGGAGAUCAGUGCACGCUGGAUGUGUCUGGAGGUUCCGCUGUCCCCUCUUUCCCCCCUGUAAUAGCAAGAGCUUUCAGUGACAUUUCAGAUACAGCUAAUACCCUCUCGGAGCUGGUGGAGGGGCCUUGCCUGCACGCUGAGGGUCGCAGGCCCCCCUGCCCUUCGUGCCUCAGUGAAAUAGCUGAGCUGGCUUGCUUGGAUCUCACAGCUCGCUUAAGCUUGGAUACCUGUGGAAUUAGUGAUCCUUCUAGACAUGAUUUCAAAACUGCUCCAAGGGAGAAAACUGCUUUCAGUUGGAGGUUGCAUCAGCAAUUUGAAAGCUAUAAAGAACAAGUAAGAAAGAUAGGGGAAGAAGCUCGCCGUUACCAGGGAGAGCACAAGGAUGAUGCUCCAACAUGUGGAAUCUGUCAUAAAACAAAGUUUGCAGAUGGUUGUGGCCAUUUAUGCUCUUAUUGCCGGACCAAGUUUUGUGCUCGAUGUGGAGGUCGUGUCUCUCUACGAUCAAACAAUGAGGAUAAAGUGGUUAGAAUCCAUGCUUUUUAUCAUUUCUUAUUAUAAUGUUGUUAGUUAACUGGGAAAGAUAUUCAUGUUAAAAAAUGAAGUUCUAAAAUGAUCCAAAGGGGAGGAGGGGAGGAGUAGCAAAACUCACAACCAGACGCCUCCCAUCCUCUAGCUGAACAAAGUUUUAAAGCCAACCCAGCAAGGAAAACUAAGAUUAUUCUUGGGUUUUGUCAAAAUUAAGACAAUGGAAGCAAUUCAUUAAAAAUCAAG